CUUGUUUGCGAUCAAGUUCUGUUCUUACGUCAAGAUGGGUUCAAUGGGUAUAGUACCAAGGAUGUUGUUCCACGAUGGUUUUUUUGGGUUUCUUGCCACUUCCAUAUGUACAUCUAUUGGGCUGCUUGUCCAGAUUUUACGGCCACGACCAUUGCUUACUUUUGGCGUUGCUCUCACCCCAUUGGUUCCCACCCUCGUUGCAGCCCACAUGCUCCUCAAUAUUAGGGAUGUUAUGGGAGUUUCUUCUCCGGCAGCCAAGCCGACUGCCCCAACAGCAGUGUGACAUACACAACCUCGAAGUUCCCAGCCACCCGUAAGGGGGAGCUUCCCAGGUCAGCAAGUUGAUGACGCUGGCCUCCAGAACCUGUUGCCUGAUUUAGAGCGGA